GUCCCUGAUCUGUCGACGGGACUUUCCCAUUGCACUAAUCUACAGGGGGGUCCUGUGGUGCGUUAAUAACAAGCGUGGCAGCCGUUGUUUAGGUGUCCUGCCUUUUUUCUUUUUCUUUUUUUUUUUUUUACCGGAAUAGUUUCAAUAGGACAAAAUUGUCAAAAUGUCUAGCAAAAGGGCUAAGGGGAAAACCACCAAAAAGCGCCCCCAGCGGGCCACGUCCAACGUGUUUGCCAUGUUCGACCAGUCCCAGAUCCAGGAAUUCAAGGAGGCCUUUAACAUGAUCGAUCAGAACCGUGAUGGCUUCAUUGAUAAGGAAGAUCUGCAUGAUAUGUUGGCUUCAUUAGGUAAGAACCCCACAGAUGAAUACCUUGAGGCGAUGAUGAAUGAAGCCCCUGGUCCCAUUAACUUCACCAUGUUCCUCACAAUGUUUGGAGAGAAACUUAAUGGCACAGAUCCUGAGGAUGUUAUCAAAAAUGCAUUUGCUUGUUUUGAUGAGGAGGGGACGGGUUUUAUUCAGGAGGACUACCUGAGGGAGCUCUUGACCACUAUGGGAGACAGGUUCACAGAUGAAGAAGUAGAUGAGUUGUUUAGAGAGGCCCCUAUUGACAAGAAAGGGAACUUCAACUAUGUAGAAUUCACUCGCAUACUGAAACAUGGUGCUAAAGAUAAGGAUGAUUAGGACAAGGCCAAGCACUACUGAAACUAAAGAAAACUACACUGUAACACUACAACAUGUUUAACUGUCUUCUUUUCCCCCACAUUCAUGGGAUAGUGCAAAGGGAUACAUUAAUCAGGCAAAAUCAUUUGACUGUAACAGUCUACGUAGGCUUGUACAUAACUAUGAAAUACAUAGACAUGUAAUCUGUGGUAAACCUCAAAGUGAGUGAAUGCUGUUCUGGUAUGUAAAUGUUGAGAAAUAAAUUCUGGAAUUAUUCAAUGUAGCCUGGAGUUUCUGGAUGUUU